UCAGUAUUGCAUGAGGUGCUUUUAACACAAGAACAUCAGAACAAUUGAUGUUAUAUAAUUGCUUUGAAAUAGGCCUUUAGUCAGUGAAGGACAGGUAUCCACUCUUAAAUCUGAGGGAUCAAAUGAUAGAGAGUAAACGAAAACAUUAUUUCUUUCAAUUUUUGUAAUGAAGAAAACAUUAUUCUUGGAUGAUCUGCAUGUAACUGACAUCCUCAUUAAAGCCCCAAACAGUGAUGAGAGGCCAGAGGUAGAUGGUACUUCAUUUUAAGUGAUCACUUGUUAAAAGUUUGGUUGCCACUACUGUAGAAGACAGUUUUGCAGCACUUAAGUUCAUUAGCAUUCACAAUAUUGCAAUGCAAGCCAAAUAAAUUUCUUGUACCAUGUAGUUGAUUGAACACCUCUGAGAGUAUCAAUGCAGUGUUAUCAUGGUAAAGCAUUUAUACCACUUGUAUUGUAUUGCAUUACGUUUCGCAGGUGGUCAUGUUUUUAUUGAUAUGUCACAAAAACACUGUAAUCAUGUGCACAUGUUGUCUCCUGCAGUAGGAUAUAUGUUAAAAAAAAAAGUCACGAGUAGAGUUCUGUCUGUCUCUUAACAUGAGGUGCACUUGUUUUGGAAUUUGAUUCGCCAAGGAGGCUGCGGGUACCCCGCCCACCGGCCAGCGGGCUCUCCUGAUUGGCCGCCGCCGUCGCCUGUCUCGGGGACAUCAGGGGAGGCACGAGUUGGCCCAUAAGCCUGCGCUCGCGAGUCAUCAGUGUCGGACACGUAGUGGGAACGAGCAGGUCCCGAUGCACAAGCCACGGCAACCCUCGGCGGAGAUGAAGGCGGACUCCGACUGGCUCUGAUUUUUAAAAGCCCUUUUCAUUCAGGAGGUUGGUUGCCAAUGGUUAUCAAUAUGGCAGAGCCGUUAUCCCAAGGACCCACCGCUGCAAAAAUGGCGUCACUUAACCGGGUCCGAGCUUUGGCGAUGAUUUUCUUAACUGUCACUGGCUGUUGUGUCACCCCGACAAGUGGCAAGGAAGGGUCCGAGGAGACCGUCAUCAUAGGGCUCCGAUUGGAGGACACGGACGACAUUUCCUUCAUGGAUAAGGGCUACCUGCGGGUGAGUGAGCGCUCUCGGGUGAAAUUAAGGGUGUACGGGCAGAACAUCAACAACGAGACCUGGUCCAAAAUUGCUUUCACGGAACAUGAGCGCAGCCGGACGGUAGGGAGCCUUGACAGCUCCUCGGGGGAUAACCAGAGCCAGGAGGACUCGUCCGGCUUGCAUCCCUGCGGUAUUAGGACUUCGGAUAUAAUUAUAUUACCCAACAUCAUCCUGAAUCGAAAGACGUCCGGAAUAGUUGAAAUUGAGGUCAAACCUCUGCGAAAGACGGAGAGGAGUAAAGCGUAUUACCUUUGCAUCGCCACCGCGACGCCGGCCGUGCCCGGGAUGCACGACCCGUGGACGGAGAACACCUGGAUCUACCACGACGGGGACGACACCAAAGUGAUAGUGGUGGAGGAGAAAAAGUUUCUGCUGCCUUUCUGGCUCCAGGUCAUCUUCAUCUCCAUGUUGCUUUGCCUGUCGGGUAUGUUCAGCGGGUUGAACCUGGGGCUCAUGGCUCUGGACCCCAUGGAGCUCCAGAUAGUCCAGAACUGCGGCACGGAGAAGGAGAAGAAUUAUGCCAAAAAAAUCGAGCCGGUCAGGAGUCAAGGGAAUUACCUGCUUUGCUCGCUUCUGCUCGGGAACGUGCUGGUGAACACCACUCUGACCAUCCUGCUGGAUGAUAUCGCCGGCUCGGGGUUGAUCGCCGUGGUCAUGUCCACCAUUGGAAUAGUGAUUUUCGGGGAGAUCGUGCCCCAGGCCAUCUGCUCCAGACACGGCCUCGCUGUGGGCGCCAACACCAUCUUCCUCACCAAGUUCUUCAUGCUGCUCACCUUCCCCGCGUCCUACCCGGUGAGCAAGCUGCUGGACUACCUUCUGGGACAGGAGAUAGGAACCGUGUACAACCGGGAGAAGCUGCUGGAGAUGCUGCGCGUCACGGACCCCUACAACGACCUGGUGAAGGAGGAGCUGAACAUCAUCCAGGGCGCGCUGGAGCUCAGGACUAAAACCGUGGAGGACGUGAUGACGCCGCUGAGGGACUGCUUCAUGAUCCCCGGGGACGCCACCCUGGACUUCAACACCAUGUCCGAGAUCAUGAAGAGCGGCUACACGCGCAUCCCGGUCUACGAGGGCGAGAGGUCCAACAUAGUGGAUCUGCUCUUUGUCAAGGACCUGGCGUUCGUGGACCCGGAUGAUUGCACCCCGCUCAAAACCAUCACCAAGUUUUACAGCCACCCGCUGCACUUUGUGUUCAAUGACACCAAGCUGGACGCGAUGCUGGAGGAGUUUAAGAAAGGAAAAUCCCACCUGGCCAUAGUUCAGAGGGUGAACAAUGAGGGAGAGGGAGACCCUUUCUACGAGGUUCUGGGUAUUGUCACCCUGGAGGACGUGAUCGAAGAAAUCAUCAAGUCAGAGAUCCUGGACGAGACAGACCUGUACACUGACAACAAGACGAAGAAGAAAAUCACCCAUCGGGAAAGGAAGCAGGAUUUCUCAGCCUUCAAGCCGACCGACAAUGAAAUGAAGGUUAAAAUAUCACCUCAGCUUCUGCUGGCUACCCUGCGUUUCCUAGCAACAGAGGUCGAGCCGUUUGCACCGGUGCAAAUGUCAGAAAAGAUUCUGCUGCGCUUGUUGAAGCACCCCAACGUCAUCCAGGAGCUUAAAUACGACGAGAAGAACAAGCGGGCGGCGGAGCACUACCUCUUCCACAGGAACAAGCCUGUGGAUUAUUUCAUCCUCAUACUGCAGGGGAAAGUGGAGGUGGAGGCUGGAAAGGAGGGGAUGAAGUUUGAAGCAGGACCAUUCUCCUUCUACGGCAUGAUGGCUCUGACAGCCUCGCCAGUGCCUCUGUCCCUGUCUCGUACAUUUGUGGUCAGUCGGGCUGAAUCCCUCGCAGGAUCUCCAGAAAAUAAAUCUCCUCCGCGGCCGUUUGGACUCAACCACUCAGACUCCCUGAACAGGAGUGAUCGUAUAGACGCCAUCACCCCGACUCUGGGCAGCAGCAACAACCAGCUCAACUCCUUCCUGCAGAUCUACGUACCUGACUACUCAGUCAGAGCGCGCUCAGACCUGCAGUUUAUAAAGGUAACGCGGCAACAGUACCAGAAUGCCGUGAUGGCGUCGCGCAUGGACAAAACGCCCCAGUCGACGGACAGUGAGUUCACGAAGAUCGAGCUCACGUUGACGGAGCUCCAUGACGUGGUGGAGACACCCACUGUCGUCACCUCCACAGCCAGCACCACGAGCACCACCCCUGCCGUGUCCGUAGUCGUGGCCAACGAGACGUCCCACCUGCUCAACCAGCAGCAGAACUGUGUGGGCCUCAGCAGGAGCAACCACAGCACCCACAACGAGGGACCCAUCUAGCCCCCGCCGAGCCCGGUGGAGACCCGGACCCUCCACCCUGUCUAGCGGACACACACGGAGCGGUGGCGUAGAUGGAGAUGAGGGAAAUUGGGGAAGCGGAGGCGGGUGGAGUGAGGGUUCUGCUCCAACCAGUAGCCCCCAGUCAGUCAGUCAGUCAGUCAGUCAGUGUGACCCUUUCAUGGAGGGGCAGUGGGGAAGAUGGGUGCUGCGUCACCCUGAACACCCCCACCUGAACGCUGUCAGAAUCCCUGCUGUACUACACCCUCUGACAGAGGGUGCACUCGGACAGUACCUGUGACUGAGCUUCUUUUUCGGGACAAUCUGACACUUUCAUAGCGGUGACCUGGACCAGAGGAAGACAGAGUGCAUGCAAACCCUGUCCUCCUUUCCCCUACACACACAUACACACACACACACGUAAACACACACACUUACAACACCCACUGUAUUUUGUUCUCAGGCCAAAGACUUUGGUCCCCACUUCUUACACUGGACACAGACUAUUUUUGCACACCCACACACACACACACACACACACACACACACACACACACAAACACACACUCAAACGCAGCCACACUCCCACACACGCACACACACACACACACACACACACACACAAAUGCAACUCCCCCACUCGUGCAUCUUUCAGGGAGGCUCAGUCGACUGUUGAUCCCAUCAGCGAGGACUCAAAAACCCAAACAAGCAGAGAGCAACGGUUGGUCAAAGACUGCACCAAAAACCGCUUUGAAAGAAACCGUUAAACCACGAACCAAGAAUGUUUUCCUGUAUUUAUUUAUUUUAUAAUAUUGUAUGUAUAUAUGUAUGCGUGGAGACAUGAUAUGACAUAAACGGGCAUACGAGCAUGCACAAGCAUGUACACAGAGGUGUGCAUGGGGCACACGUGUCAUAUCAACAAGGACAUGCUACAUAUAUGGAGACGAACAUCCAUUCAUGUAUAUGAGGAGGUGAGGGUCUUUUACAGAUACAGUAUGUAUAUUACAGAUCUUGUUAUUUUUACUAUUAUCCUAAAUCAGGCUUAUGGUACACUAUCUUUUUCACCUUUAAAAAAAAAUCACACUAUUGCCUUUAAGAGAAAUCAUAUAAUUAAUUAUUUUAACAAAGUGCAAUGAACUGCAAUUUAUUUAAGAGAUGAUUAUGAAUUUAAAAAAGAAAUCACUGUAUUAUAAAUUGACAGAUAUAUUUGUAUGUAUGUACUGUAUGUAUAUGUAUAUUUGUUUUUCUUUUUGGAAAAAAGCUCAACUGCAGCCAUCCAUAAGCAAAAUUGGUCCUUUAGUCACUCUCUCUUUCGCUUUGUCUCGUUCAUGUUUUUCACGUCCUUUGACCUCAAACACAUCGACUAUACUUUCAGUCAUGAUGCCUAAACUAUUACCACCACCACAGUUUGGGGGGUGGAUGGGGGUUAAAUGGGUAGCUGGCUGUAUGAAAAGUGC